CGCGCGAACCGACGCGACGAACGACGCAGAAUGAUCUCGCGCGCGACGACGGUGGCGAUCGCGCCGAACGCACGCGCGCAAACCCACGCGCGCCAACGACGCGCGCCGAGCGUGCGGGCGUCGACGUCGGCGCCGACGCUGGGCGGACGACGAUCGGCGAUCGUCGGCGGCGGCGCGGUGGCGCUCGAACAGCGCGCGAUGGCGACGCGCGCGGAGCGACGACGGGUGGUGACUCGCGCCGGUGGUGUGGCGAAAGCCGCGCCGGGCGAACCGAAGAAGGUGUUCGGGUUGACCUUGCCGGAGGGCGAAGGGAUCUCUUUCGCGAUUCUCGCCGCCGGUUCCCUCGGUUCCGCGCUCGGUUUCGCCGCGCUUCAAGAGGGCGUGUUCCGCAUUCCGGGCUUCAAGUUCUCGGCGUGGAUGACGGUUUUGACGACGUUUACGUACUUUUUGUGCGGCGCGCUCGAGAUGAAGCUCACCAAAGACUCCCGUAAGGGUUCUUGGAAGAACUACGGUAUUCUUUCCGUGUACACCUACGGUGGUAUGGCUUUGACCAACUACGCGUUGUCCUACUUGAACUACGCCACCCGCAUCGUGUUCAAGUCCGCGAAGAUCAUCCCCGUCAUGGCCUUCUCCGUCUUGAUCGUCGGCAAGAAGUACAACUGGAAGGAGUGGUUGUCGGCGGCGAUUCUCGUCGCGGGCAUCGUCCUCUUCACCCUCGGUGACGUCGCGUCCUCCCCGGCGUUCGCGCCGAUCGGUGUUGCGCUCAUCGCCGCCGCCUUGUGCGUCGAUGCGAUCUGCGCUAACUUCGAGGAGAAGAACUUCUUCCGUUGCGAAACCCCGUCGACGACGCAGGAAGUGCUCUGCUACGCGUCCUUGAUCGGUACCGCGUACGGUCUCGUCCCGCUCAUCGCGUCCGGUGGCCUCGCUCCGGCGCUCGCUUUCUCUCAAGCGAACCCGCAAGUGGUGCCGAUGAUCAUGGCCUUCUCCGUCAUGGGCUACUCUUCCGUGUCUUUCAUCCUCUCCCUCAUCAAGUACUUCGGUGCCACCGAGGCUGAAAUCGUGAAGUCGCUCCGCAAGGUGCUCUCCAUCGUGAUCUCCUUCGCCCUCUUCCCGAAGGAACUCAACUGGAAGUACAUCGCUGGUUUCGCCGCCGUCGUCGUCUCCACGGUCUACACCUUCUACCUCAAGCAACAAAAGAACGCCGCCAAGGCUGCCGCCAAGGCUGCGGAAUAAUUCCGCCCGUCUUUCUC